AUAUAUAUUAAUAAAACAAGCAAUAACCCCAAAAGUUGAUCACGGGCUUUAUGAAUUAUGAUAAUAUUUUGCCUUUAAAAGGAGACUCAAAGCAAUCCCCCGCUAAUUCCAAUUCACCUCUAAACAUGGAUGUCGAGAAAGUCUUUCAUAUGACUGGAGGAAUCGGCAAGACUAGCUAUGCGCAAAAUUCUGCUUUCCAGAAAAAGGCAUCAGAUACGGUGAAACAUAUAACCAUGGAAACGAUACAAGAACUUUACUAUGAAGUAACUCCCAAGAGCUUAGGCAUAGCUGAUUUGGGUUGCUCUUCUGGACCCAACUCCUUGUCCCUCAUCAAAGAUAUGGUCGAAGCUGUUGAAGGAACUAGCCAUAAAAUUUUCCAUCCCAUGCCAGAAUUUCGAGUUUACCUUAAUGAUCUUCCAACAAAUGACUUCAAUUCAGUGUUCAAGUCCCUGCCUGAUUUUUAUAAGGACCUUAAGAAAGACAGAAAUCAAGAGGGUCCAUCUAUUUUCAUAGCAGGCUACCCUGGUUCAUUUUAUGGAAGACUGUUCCCAUGCAAUUGCUUGCACUUCAUCUAUUCGUCUUACAGUUUGCACUGGCUUUCCAAGGUUCCUCCAGCUCUUUACGAUGAGCAUGGCAAGUCCAUCAACAAAGGAAACGUUUACAUUUCUGAAUCAAGCCCUCCAAGUGUGUCCCAAGCAUACUACAAGCAGUUCCAAGAGGACUUCUCAUUGUUCCUUAAAUCACGAUCAGAAGAGCUAGUCACAGGUGGGAGAAUGGUGCUGAUUCUCUUAGGAAGAAUAGGUCAAGAUCAUGUUGACAGAGGCAAUUCUUUCUUCUGGGAAAUCCUCUCAAGAUCCCUUGCCAUAUCUGUUUCUCAGGCAGAGAUUGAAAAGGAAAAGGUUGAUUCCUACGACGUGCAUUUUUAUGCAGCAUCAAGAAAUGAACUAGAAGAUGAAGUGAGAAGAGAAGGGUCGUUCGAAAUAGACAAGCUUGAGAUGUUUGAGAUAGAGAGGGAAGUGAAAAAUGGGGAGAGCUAUGGCACCGCAGUGGCUAUGACUGUGAGGGCUGUUCAAGAAUCCAUGCUUUGCGACCAUUUUGGAGAUGGGAUAGAUCUGGAUUCCUUGUUUAACAAUUAUGGGAAAAUGAUUGAUGAGGAAAUGGUUAAAGUAGAUAUUAAACCCAUCACUUUUGUCAUGGUUCUUAAGAAAUUAUGAAUGUCAUGCAAUUACGAGAAA